GCCGCUGUACAUCUCAAACAACGGGCAAAACUAUGCGCCGGAAGGCAUUCUCGAGUGGGAUCAGGAUGAAGACGCCUUCGACGUGCCAAAGAGCAUGGCCUACUUUACUUUCCAUGAGAGUAUCCUGCUCCGAAAUGUCGACCCCGAGGCAGCAUCAUCCCAGAGCCACGCAAGCGUGAGAGUAAAAAGCUACUUGAAGACUUGUAUGGGCAUGGGCGAGAUGCAGGAAUCGAAGCGGCAAAAAGCAUUAGCAGCUGUGCAGAUCAAGGGCAGCGCCCUCGAAUAUUUGGCCAAGGAGUUGAAGGAGGAUAAAGAGGUGGUUUUGGCAGCGGUGCGGCAGAGCGGCCUCGCCUUGCAGCAUGCUGCCGAGGAUUUGAAGAGCGACAGAGACGUGGUCCUGGCGGCUGUGCAGAACCAUGGGUUGGCCUUGAAGUUUGCGACAAAGGAGCGGAGGGAGGACAAGGACAUGGUGCUGGCAGCUGUGCAAAAGAACGGCGGCGUGCUAGAACAUGCUGCAAAGGAGUUGAAGCUGGACAAAGAAGUGGUUUGCGCAGCAGUAAAACAGAGCGGCCGCGCAUUGGAGCAUGCUGCCGAUGAGUUGAAGAGCGACAGAGAAGUUGUCCUGGCAGCUGUGCAGACCAAUGGCCCUGCCCUGUUGCAUGCGGCGCAGGGGCUGAAGACUGACAAGGGGUUUGUGUUGGAAGCGGUUCAGAAGAGUGGCCUUGCACUGGAGCAUGCAGCGGCGAAGCUGCAGGGUGACAGAGAGGUGGUUUUGGCAGCUGUGCAGCAGAAUGGCCAGGCCAUGCUGCAUGCUACACAGGAGCUGAAGACUGACAAAGGGUUUGUUCUGACAGCUGUGCAGAAGAACAUCGACGGCGGCGCCCUUGGACAUGUGGCGCAAGAGUUGAAAGUCGAUAAGCAGGUGGUUUUGGCAGCUGUGCAGACGAACGGCUUUGCCUUGGAACAUGCUGCCCAAGAGCUGAAGGCAGACAAGCUGUUUGUGCUAGAAGCUGUCCAGGCCAGUUACUUCGCCUUGAAGUAUGCAUGCCAGAGACUGCGGGGCGACAGAGAGGUGGUGGCCGCAGCUAUGCGGAAGAGCGGCCUGGGCUUGGAAUAUGUGGCACAGGAGCUGAAACUUGACAAAAAGCUCGUGCUUGGAGCUGUGCAGAAGAGCGGCAUUGCCUUAGAGCAUGCCGCAGAGGAGCUGAAGCGAGACAAAGAGGUGGUGCUGGCGGCAGUGCAGAAGUGCGGAACUGCCUUGGAGUUUGCGGCCGAUGAUUUAAAGCGCGACAGAGGGGUGGUCCUAGCGGCCUUGCGCCAGAAUGGCUUUGCCUUGAAACAUGCUUCCGAUGACUUCAAGAGCGACCGAGAAGUGGUCCUGGCAGCUGUGCAGAACGAUGGUCUGGCCUUGCAGUAUGCGACAGAGGAGCUGAAGAUGGAAAUGGACAUUGUGCUUGCUGCCGUGCGCGAGAAUGGCUUUGCUGCCCGGGUCGCCUCCAAAAAGGUUUUAUUCAACCCUCCAUUCAUGCUGGACUUGGUCAAGGCCACCAAAGCUUCGUGGCUCCUCACCUGGUCGCCGAAGUUUAUCCAGGAAAAUGCAGCCAUCGCUAAGGCUGCCGGCAGCGGCUUGGUCUUCACAUGGUACAACAGCCUGACCUGCUUCCAGCGCAUGCGCCACGCCUUUGUGGCCACUGGCGCUUCGGUACCUGGAGGACAUGCCUACAAGCAAGUGAUGGAGAGGCUGAGGGCGGAAGGCCGGGGUGGUGCGGCCACCGUUUGGUUUGGAGACGAGCCCGUCUUCGGAUUUGCCAACGACGAUGGGAACUGGUUGCAUCCCAGUGACGAGUGCGGUCGCGACGAGGUUCCCAUGCCAGGCUCAGACAAUGAAGCCUCCUACACUUUCAUCUGCAUGCUCUCGUCAGAGCUUGCUUGUGGCAGCGCAGGUGAUCAGCUUUCUGAGCGUGUCUACAGUAGUCUACGUUGUACUAAGGUCUUUGGCUACGGCUUCCUGAACUCCACUGGUCUCAAUUGCUCUCCUUCCGUGGUCUUCGUUUCUUCCACACAGAUCAUGUGCGAGGUUCCGAACAUGCUGGCAGUAAGGUCCAGCAAGGCACUGGGGUAUGCAACACUACGCGUGACCUUGAACAACCGUGACUGGUCGCGCACCAGCUUGUCUUUCCGAUUCUUGGGUGAGUGCCCCAUUGGCCACUACUGCCAGCACAGAGCCUUCAAUGAGUACACCUUCCGGCUGCUGCCGUGCCCCGCUGGACACUUCUGUGAGAGUGCCGGGAUGAGUGUGCCGACCCCAUGUCCACCAGGCAGCUUCAUGCCCUACAGGCGUCAGGUUCAGUGCCAGCUGUGCCCUAUCGGCUUCUGGUGCCCGCGCUCUCGUAUGUUCCAGCCCAUUGGCUGCCGGAGAGGAUGGGUCUGCGACGAGCCAGGUGGGACUUUCAUCAGAUUCAAGGGGUCCCCCUUCUCGGUGUCCUUUCAGUAUAGGGGGGCAUAA